AUGACGAUUUGCCGGUUCUUGGAAGACUUUGCGCAUCACUUGCAGGCGCGAGCUGUGAAGGUCCCCACACGGAGCCCACGGAACCACAAGUGUCUUUUCCAAGGUCCACUUAGAAUUCCUUGGAGUCCACACGCAGAAGCAGAACUCCUGGUUUCCACAACGGUUGCAUCUGAGUUUUUAAGGUACUGCCAUAACGUUCUCCAUGGCAGCACUGUGUCCUCUGAAAUCACAUCCCUGCCUCCCCGCGCUUCUGUGAGUGUGGUCCCCAGGACGCUCGCUCACCGCUGGCCCCUUGUUUCCGAGGUUCUGUUUGCUGCCUGUGAGCUGGGUGUGUUUGACCUCCUCUCCAAGGCCCCGGAGCCCCUGGGCUCAGCGGCAGUGACUGUGCGUCUGGGCACCAGCUCCCAUGGGACACGGCUCCUGCUGGACACCUGUGUGUCCCUGAAGCUGCUUCAGGUGGAGACGAGCAGAGGAAAAGCUUUAUAUCAAAACACAGAGCUCUCCAGCACCUACCUGGUCAGGGCCAGUCCCAAGUAUCAGGGCAACAUGCUUCUGUACCUGGCCAGGACGACGUACCUGUGCUGGGGCCACCUGGCCCAGGCCGUGAGGGACGGCAAGAACCAGUACCAGGAGGUGUUUGGGGUUCCCUCCAACGAACUCUUCACGGCCAUCUACAGGUCAGAGGGUGAGCGUGUGCAGUUCAUGCGCGGUCUGCAGGACGUCUGGAGCGUCAGCGGGAGAGCGGUGCUGGAGGCCUUCGACCUGUCUCCCUUCCGGCUCAUCUGCGACGUUGGCGGCUGCUCCGGGGCUCUGGCCAAGGAGUGCACGGCCCUGUACCCUGGGUGUCGGGUCACCGUCUUCGACACCCCCGAUGUCGUGCGCGCGGCCAAGGAGCACUUCUCAUUCCUGGAGGACGACCGCAUCCGCUUCUGGGAAGGAGAUUUCUUCGAAGACCCCCUUCCGGAGGCAGAGCUCUACGUCCUGGCGAGGGUCCUGCACGACUGGAGCGAUGCGCGAUGUGCCCGUUUGCUGGCGAGGAUCCGUCGGGCCUGCAAACCAGGGGGCGCUGUCCUGGUGAUUGAAAGCCUCCUGGACGCGGACGGCCGGGGCCCUCUGACCACACAGCUCUACUCACUGAACAUGCUCGUGCAGACAGAGGGCCGGGAGAGGACCCCUGCCCAGUACCUCGCGCUCCUGGGCCCUGCCGGCUUCCGGGACGUGCAGUACAGGAGGACCGGGGGCCUGUACGAUGUCAUCCUAGGCAGGACGGGGCUCCCUGCCGGCUGCAGCUAGCAGCCCUACCCGAGCACCCCCGAAAAGGGCGACCUCCGUGGGCUUCCUCAUUUGGGGGGCUUGACAAGGGACUGGGGGUCUCUGCUCAUGGUUGUGGGAUGUGCAUCGCUCGGUGGAUUUUGCCUUGUUGUGCUUUGUUCUAUUCUGCCCUAUCCUAUCCUAGCCUGUAUUCUGUUCUGUGCUAUUCUAUUCUAUUCUAUUCUAUUCUAUUCUAU